AGUUGUAUUCUGAAUGAACAACAUAAAAAUAUCUGGAAGAUAUUACUCACCCUGUGCUGUCUUUCGGAUUUGAUGCUCUGUCAAACUCUGACAGUGGAAAUGUCCAGAAAAAAGACCAAGAAGCAUAAAAAAGAAAGAAAGAAAUCUUCCAUGUGCUCCUGGGAGGAUCAGAGAAAAGGUGACACACAGACUCCUGGCAGUUCCAGGAGUAAAAACAAACAUGAGCAUUUCCCCAGUCAUGUUGGACAUAAGCAAAAAUGGGUUAAAGGCACACGUAGCCCACGAUCACCCAGAGAAGAGAGAUCAAAAAAAGAGACCUGGAAAAAAUCAGAGGUUGAGAACAAGCAGCUGAAGCUCACAGGAAACAAAGCAUCUCUGGACAGUGAUCACAGAGCCCCGCGUGACCCAGUGAAACACCUCUCUUUGGGACAUGACGUUCAUGCCAUGGGGAAGAGUAGCCAGACUUCAUCCAGGCCUGGUCCUGAAACCAAAGAGCUGGAGGGGAGGAGGAAAUCUCUGGUUAAGAGGAGAUCUGCCCAGGAGGAGCCAAGACAGAAGCCAGCCAAGGCCUGCAUUCUCCCUGGAGGGGAGAAGAGGAAGGAGGUUUUGAAGAGGAGGUCCUCCACACAGGAGGACUACCCAGUAGUCAAGCAAAGAACCACUGAAUCACAGGUUGCUGUGCGUGAAAAAUUGAGCCACAAUAGAAAAGAACUGGAGAUGAGGAGGUCCAGGGACUUAGGCAGGGAGGUUCACUCAAAAGCACAGCACAUCUCCAGUAUUAAAACAGGGGCUGUCCACUCCAAAGAGAGUUUGUCGUCAGUCAGAAAUCCAGCAUGGUCCCUUACACCAAAAUUGCCCCAAAAUGUCAGCCCUGAAAUGCAGGGUAGUGAGAGACAGAAGGGGCAGGCUGGCUCCACUCAUGGUCCAACCUCAGGAGGAGAACCCACCUCCUACACUCGUCUUCCAGUCACUUUCAAAAUCUCAAAGAAGCAUUGUGCUGUAAAAGCAAACACGGAUGUUUGCAUCAUUGACAGCGAUGACAAAAUGACCGCAGUCGCUGGUUGUGUGGCCUCUCCGUCUGCAAAAACUGGCCCUGGACACAUUGGACCGAGACCUGCCAAAGUUGCAUCACCUGUUGGGUCAGCUCCGCGUCAGUCUUCCCGAUUCCACCAAGCACGGGUGGUGCAGCAUGGUCCAGUGACAGACAGAAGCGCCACAAUCACAAGCAGUACUACUGAAUGGACAGAGCAUGCUCUUCAUCAAGGUGCUUCCACUGAGUGCACAGAAGCUUUCCACAUUGACCAAGAGAUGCUACUGGUGGAGGAGCUGCACCUGGCCCGCUUUGACAGACGUCUCACCGUGAACGUGGCCGAGAGCUAUGGAGAGCUUACUUGCAUGGAUGUGGACCUACCAGAGGAGGGCGCCAAAAUGGCACUUAGUGAGGAACUGCAGGACCUCCUUAUUGUGCUGGACACAAAUGUUCUUCUCAGUCAUUUGGACUUUGUGAAGAAGAUGAGGUCUCAUGGGCUUGGAGCCCUGGGGCACCCCACGCUGCUCGUGCCCUGGGUGGUCCUCCAGGAGCUGGACGCACUGAAGAGCGGCAAACUGUCGUCCAAGGUGGAGUGCAAGGCGCGGCCGGCCGUGCAGUACAUCUACAACUGCCUGAAGCGCCAGGAGCCACGUCUGCGGGGCCAGUCCUUACAGCAAGCCUCGCAGGCAGCCUGUGGGCUGCUCGUUGGGAAUAACGAUGAUCGAGUGUUGCAGUGCUGCCUGCAGUACCAAGCAUUGCGUCCAGAGGGCAGUCUCAUCCUGUGCACUAAUGAUAAGAACCUGUGCAGUAAAGCCCUACUGAGUGGGGUCAAGGCCCUGAGUAAAGCAGACCUGGUGGAACAGGCAGAAGUAAACCCUGGGCUCUUAAACCACAGCUGCAGUCUCCACGCUGUUCAGCCCCCUGCAGGACCCAACGAGGAAGGUCUCUUGCAUAAGGGGGAGGAGGCGAACGGGUUGCAGGCACCUGGUGUGGAGGGUGAGCUGAGUGUGUGUGUGUCUGCGCUGGAGAGCAGCCUGCAGGGUGCGCUGUCUGCCGUGUUGGUGGAAGAGAUGAAGGGCGCUUUUGGGGACCUAUGGACAGAGAUAGUGUAUUUGAAGCCCCCAUGGACUCUGCAGGCAGUGCUGCAGUGUUUCCGGAAGCACUGGAUCGCUGUGUUUGGGAACAUUAUCAAGAGGAAUCUGCUCAGCUGUGUGGAGAUGCUCAGCACCUCUCUCUGCUCAGGUGUGAUGGUGGAGCGCAAGACAGUCCUGAUGUCAGCACGCGCAGCUGAGGAGCUGCUGGUGGCGCUCAGCUGCAGGUCCUCAUAUGGCGGCCAUGUGAAUGCAGCUCUCUUCCACCUCAGGGGUCUGAAGGGCAGGCCACAAACGCAGCCACUGAAAAUCCCAGUAGAGGACCCCAGUGAUGAUGAGACUCUCAUGUCAGAGGCAGUGGAGGAUACAGCUCCGCCUCCCCAAGCCUCUCAUCAGGAGGUGUGGGCUUUGUUUGAGAGCAUCUGGAACAACGUGUGCCAAGUCAGCUCGGCUGUGUUCUCAGCCCUGCACUGUCCCACGGGCUCAGUAGGGCUGACGCAGUCAGGCCCCAUGCCUCCCCCUCAGGAUGCCCUCUCCUGCCUCCACAGGCUGUCUGCCACCCUGGCACAGCUGCUGGAGCACUUCCACAGGUUAGUGUCCGUGGACAGCACGGUGGAGGACGCCCAGGCCCUACUCACCCUUAUUCACACCUGUGAGAUGGCUGUGAUGGAGCCCUGCGUCAGUGCCUGGGACCUGUUUGAGUGCCUGUCCCUGCAAGAGUACAGAGAGAAGCUGUGUGUAGGAGGUACCCAGUUGAUGGAACUAAAAGCAAAACUGGACCAGUGUGCAGCUGCCGUGUGUGGUCAGGAUGGAGGCAGCACGUGAACCUGGCGGGCAGACAUGUCCACACUGUAAAACCAUGUACCUUCAUCGCAUCCACUGCACUCCAUGCAAUUUGGGAAGCUUUAACAUUCACUCGCCCUGGUGGACACUCACCAUGUGUGACCAGAACCUCAUGAUCUUGUUGGACCUCUACUAAGCAGCUCAAAGGAAUUUACUUUGAUGUGGAACUUUUGAGGACUGGAGAACUUCUUCAGGUCCAUAGUAGUUGUUGAUCUGCAUUUGAUUUUAUAUGCCUUGCCUGUUGAUGCUUUUGUCCAUCACCAAUAUACAGAAAGAGAGGCUUCUUAUCCUCUUCUCCACUGGAAAUGAAGCUACCAAGGGCAAUGUAGGUGGCAGGCACUUUGAAUGAUUUCUGUUAAGGCCCUAUGCAGAUUUGUUCAUCAUCAGCAGACAUUCACUAAAAGUAUACUCUGGUCGUCAUUUUCAGAUCAGACUUCUUGUGACUUUAUCUUAAGGUCAUAGAAAAUCUACAAUGCUGGAACAUGCAGUAAUUGUACAAGCUCUGGGAUCUCCUCUGUGCUUCCAAAACCUGCGAAUAUGGUACCUGGUGAACAUACAGUAAAGCAGAGAAUCGAGGUUUUACCUCAUCAUGGACUGUCCUUCCGUCUUCGAAGAUAUCAUGGUAAGGGAGGGUGAUGUAAUAACACUGCUGUUACUUCAGGGAUGUCAGGAGCAAAUAUUUAAAACCAUUAUAUUUUUCUAAAGUGGAGUGGCUUCCUGGACAUGACACAACAUAUUUAAGAUGGGAGGCUGUUAAAUGAAAACUACAAUUUUUCAUUGAAUGUGAACAGAAAGAGUAAUGCAGUAAUUACUGUUAAGAUUUAUUAUUAAUUGUUGUUUAUUAAUGUUUUUGUUUUACAUUUUAUACAUUUAGCAUUUUCUGUCUAAAAAUUAGAAGCUUUCAAUUAAUUAUUUGUUUGUAAAUUUGAUUUAAAUUAAAACCUGUCCUUUAUCAAGUGUCA